CCACAGUUCAAUGUUUUUCCCUCAUCCUUUGUUCUUUAUUGUUUAGUGAGCACUGUGUUUUUUUAAUCCAUAUCUCAGCUUCCAGUGAAGAGACCCCAGUUCGUUUACGCACAGGUGGGAAAUACCCGCUCUAUAGGACAGCCCCCUCCCUCAGUUCCUCAUCGGAAUAUGUGAGCAAGUGACAUUUUGCCGUUGUGGUUCGGGACAGCAGGCAAAGCGUCUCUGCAAACAGGUGUGCAGCUACUGCCCGAAUCAGUUUCCUACGCCUUUAAUCCAGUUUAAGGAAAGGGAGAAAGCCAUCCCAUUUGCGGAACCAUCCUCCUCGACGCGGGACGGGCAGAGGAGGGGGAAAUCUGCAUUUUAGUAGCCUAGCUAUUAUAGCCUAUUAUUUGAAGGGACAAACGGGUUAUAAGAGCGAACGCUAUGGCAACAAAAAAAGCAUCAUGCACUGAUAUAACGAAAAGGAGCCAGAGUCCCGUCGUUUUAGAGGCUGAGAUGUUCCGUGAAUUUCAGGACUGGUGCCUCCGGACAUAUGGGGACUCGGGUAAAACAAAGACCGUCACCCGGCGAAAAUACAACAAAAUCAUGCAGACAUUGUUGCAAAACGAAGAGUCUGACAGCAUGUAUGUCGACAAUAGUCACAUCAAUGCUAAAUUCAAAUUCUGGGUGAAGUCGAAAGGGUUUCAGGUCGGGAGCAACAUCCUCGGGGAGCACAAGAAAGGAGCGUCAGGGAAGCCCGUCCUAUAUGUCCCGGUCAAGUCAACGUGUGCAGAUGCAGGCUCGGCCCAGUACAGCUUGUCCCUGAAGAGGGUGGCAGUGGUGGAGGACUUCUUCGACAUCAUCUAUGCCAUGCAUGUGGAGAUGGGUGCCGACCCUGGUAGAGCACCUAAACACGCUGGCCAGAAGAAGACCUACAAAGCGAUAGCAGAGACAUAUGCCUUCCUGCCCAGGGAGGCAGUGACACGCUUCCUAAUGAGCUGUGGAGAGUGUCAGAAAAGGAUGCACAUCAAUCCCAACACUGCAGAGUUUAAAGAAAAUGAUCGACCAACAUCCCUGGUCCCGGACCUCAUUGACUACAACAUGCCCCUGACGGCCACCUACCUGAAACAGAUGAAACUACAGUGCAUGACCGCCAAUGAGCGGGAUGAAAGUUCGGUGAGCAGUGAGGACAUGGAUAUGGCUGAGCCCACGUGGGUAUCUGCUGAGCGUCCCCCUGUCCCUGAGCUCAGUCCCCCCAAUGGAGGGAUGGUACACAGCCCACAAGCCGCAUUGAAAGAGGAAGACGAUGACGACUCUGAGAGUGCCAACGGACUGCCAUCCCUGACCCCCCCGGAGGCAAUGGUUGUGGGCAGUGUCCCUUCAGAUGGUGUGGCUCCAUACAGGGAGGUGACUGAGAACGGGGUGAGUGCUCCCCUGGACUUUAGCACCACCACCUCCUCCUCUUCCUCAUCAGAGGACCAGCAACCCAUCAAUCUGACUGACAGACUGCUGCCUGUGGGGAGCCCUGUUGGGAUGCCCUACUCAGCUGACCCUACGAGGAAGUCCCCUGGGAAACCAGACUACGGCAACAAGUCUCCUCAGCACAGCUCCGGAAGCUAUGACUCGUUGAAGACAGAACUGAGCAUGAGUGCUGAGGACCUGACCUCUGGGCAUGCUCAGAUCAUCGAUGAUGAUGAUGACGAUCAUGACGACCACGAUGACAGUGACAAGAUCACUGACGCUGAGGGAAUGGACCCAGAGAGGCUGAAAGCAUUUAAUAUGUUUGUUCGUCUGUUUGUGGAUGAGAACCUGGACCGCAUGGUGCCCAUCUCCAAGCAGCCCAAGGAGAAGAUCCAGGCCAUCAUCGAGUCAUGCAGCCGACAGUUCCCUGAGUUCCAGGAGCGCUCCCGCAAGCGCAUCCGCACCUACCUCAAGUCCUGCCGCCGUAUGAAGAAGGUUGGUUUUGAGACACGGCCCACACCCCCACACCUCACCUCUGCCAUGGCUGAGAACAUUCUCGCUGCUGCUUGUGAAAGUGAGACACGCAACGCUGCCAAGAGGAUGCGACUAGAUGUCUAUCAAGGCCCUGAGGAACCUGCUACUGCUGAUAAGAACGGCUCCAGGGACCCAGCCUCAGUUGCCCCCUCAGGCUUCUCCCUGGCUGCCUCAGCCUACUCCCAGUCCCAGGACCCAGCAUACACCAACGGCACCAACAGGGGCCUCAACUACAGCUUCCGCAGUUACGGAGCAAUGAGCAACAACCUGCCGACCACUGGUGCCACCACCACACAGACCAAUGGUCCCACUGAUCUCAGUAUGAAGUCUGUGGCUCCCACAUCCUCUUCCUCCAGUUCUAACAGUCACAGUGGUCAGGGUGGAGGUGGGGGAGGUGCCUCGGCUCAGCUCAGCCCCCCUGAGGUCACAGCGGUGAGGCAGCUCAUCGCCGGGUACCGAGAGUCUGCUGCCUUCCUGCUCCGAUCUGCAGACGAGCUGGAGAACCUGAUCCUGCAGCAGAACUGAACCAUAACCAGGCCAGACCGGACGAACUAUGCCGUGCCAAGACCCGUCUCCCCAGGCUGUCUGUCUGUACUAUCACCCUCAGUCAAACACAUUCAGACAGACAGACACUUAAGAGUUUAACUGAGUAAAGUGUCAAAGUAAAAACUAGGAGUCAAACUACAUCGCGCAAUUGGGCCAUGUAGAUAGUAGAUAUAUGGUCACAGGAACACAAACAAUUUUCAGAAAUAUAAAAUCCAUACAUUCACACUAAUCUUAGUGCCCAGUUAGCUUUUACAUUCCCAUAACAAACCUACUCCUCACCCACUUAAUUUAUACCCCCAGAAACACCGCCAAGUCACCUCCUUCCACGGAUUUUCUUUCUAAACUGAGGAGGUAUUUGUCAAACAUGAAUUGCUGCUUCAGAUUUGGCAUUAUGCCACUGCUCUGUUAACCUCAACAGUAGUUUUUAAAGUUUGAAGGUUUAGGUAUGCAAAGUGUGAUCAUAGAAAAGGGGGAUGUUACACCUGUAGGGUAAAGUACUGUAAUGUGUCCAAACCUACAGGCUUUGGAUUGCAGGCAAAAGGUUAAUGCUUCUGGGAAAAGUGUGUAACAGGGUGUAACAUGGAAGAUAAUCAGUAAAUGCAAGCCAAUUUCCACAUACUCAGUCUUUUUGUGGGACUUUGUGCAAAGGGAGGUCUUCUUAGCGUACCUCUACCUCCUCCUCAUGCUUUUAGUCUCAGCAUGAUGAGCUAACAUGUAAAACAUUCCCCAGAGAUAGCAGAUUUACCACAAACAUCCCAUAAUAUUUUUUAAGGCUCCGCUGGGAGCAGUAACGUAAUUUGUCAAUCAGGAAUGCUGUGUUAAAAGAAGGUAUGUCUCAUGGCAGCACUGUAGCUUCAUUGUUGUCUGUUCUGAAAGAUGCUCUUCUUUAUCUGGAACCUCAUAACUGAGGCCUUUCAUUGACUGGCACCAAUCAGACAGAUGUGAAUAGGACAGAGGACCUGAUAUACAAUGAUAGUAGACUUGAGGUCAAAUAACCUUUGUUAAAUCAUUUGAGAUUAUUUCAGAGACUAACAGGUUGUGUUGGUUUAAGUCAGUCAGAUAUGAACAGCAUAUGGUUGUGUCAUAAACUUUGUCUCAUGAACGUCACAUGUUCGUCUCAUGGAAAUGUAUGGUGAAUGCAUUGUGCUCCUUGUAACGGCUGUUGGUCUGCUAUAGAAAACGAUUUCCCUCAAAAUCCCACCAUAAUCUCUCCACCUCAACUCCUUUUUCUUACCGGUCUUUGCAUUUCUCAUUAGCAGAAAUUAUGACAUAAAACACACUGUUUAAAAAAGAAGCAAAAGACAAUCUUGAUCAUGUGUGAUGGCAUCACAGUUUACUCAACAGUUCCUUGCUAUGGUGUGUGUACUGUAUGUGAGAGCAGCACAGAGUACUGUAGCCGUAACAUCCUCUAUCAACAUACUUUGACAGGCCAGUCAUUUGAGCACUCUGUCCUAAGUGGUCGUUUUAUUGUUGGUAAACGUUGGCAUUAUUUCUGUUUGUUGUGUAAGUGAAGUGGAGUUGCCCUUUCAAAGCUCUUUAGUAAAAAAAAAUUCUCGGGAACACUUAAACAUUCCAAACAAAGACAAAAUAUUAUUUUAAGUAGUCAACCUGGUCAGCACCUUAAACAGUGCAUUAGGAAAGUAUUCGGACCCCUUGACUUUUCCACAUUUUGUUGCGUUACAGCCUUAUUCUAAAAUUGAUUACAUCGUUUCCCCCCCUCAAUCUACACUCAAUACCUCAUAAUGGCUAAGUAAAAAACAUUUAAUUUAUUACAUAUUAAAAACUGAAAUAUACAUUUACAUAAGUAUUCAGACCCUUUACUCAGUACUUUGUUGAAACACCUUUGGCAGCGAUUACAGCCUCAAGUCUUCUUGGGUAUGACGCUACAAGCUUGGCACACCUAUAUUUGGGUAGUUUCUCCCAUUCUUCUCUGCAGAUCCUCUCAAGCUCUGUUAGGUUGGAUGGGGAGCGUUGUUGCACAGCUUUUUUCAGGUCUCUCCAGAGAUGUUCAAUCGGGUUCAAGUCCGGGCUCUGGCCAAUCAAGGACAUUCAGAGACUUGUCUCGAAGCCACUCCUGUGUUGUCUUGGCUGUGUGCUGAAGGUCGUUGUCCUGUUGGAAGGUGAAACGUCGCCCCAGUCUGAGGUCCUGAGCGUUCUGGAGCGGGUUUUCAUCAAGGAUCUCUCUGUAUUUUUCUCUGUUUAUAUUUCCUUCGAUCCUGACUAGUCUCCCAGUCCCUGCCGCUGAAAAACAUCUCCACAGCAUGAGGCUGCCACUACCAUGCUUCACCGGAGGGAUUGUGCCAGGUUUCAUCCAGAUGUGACGCUUGGGAUACAGGCCAAAGAGUUAAAUCUAGGUUUCAUCAGACCAGAGAAUCUUGUUUCCAAUGGUCAGAGUCCUUUAGGUGCCUUUUGGCAAACUCCAAGUGGGCUGUCAUGUGCCUUUUAUUGAGGAGUGGUUACCAUAAAGGCUUGAUUGGUGGAGUGUUGCAGAGAUGGAUUUCCUUCUGGAAGGUUCUCCCAUCUCCACAGAGGAACUCUGGAGCUCUGUCAGAGUGACCAUCGAGUUCUUGGUCACCUACCUGACCAAGGCCUUUCUCCCCCGAUUGCUCAGUUUGGCUGGGCGGCCAGCUCUAGGAAGAGUCUUGGUGGUUUCAAACUUCUUCCAUUUAAGAAUGAUGGAGGCCACUGUGUUCUUGGGGACCUUCAAUGCUGUAAAAAAAAGGUUGGUACCCUUCCCCAGAUCUGUGCCUCGACACAAUCCUGUCUCGGAGCUCUACAGACAAUUCCUUUGACCUCAUGGCUUUGUUUUUGCUCUGACAUGCACUGUCAAUUGUGGGACCUUAUACAGACAGGUGUGUGCCUUUCCAAAUCAUGUUCAAUCAAUUAAAUUUACCACAGGUUGACUCCAAUCAAGUUGUAGAAACAUCUCAAGGAUGAUCAAUGGAAACAGGAUACACCUGAGCUCAAUUUCUAGUCUCAUAGCAAAGGGUCUGAAUACUUAUGUAAAUAAUAUAUAUUUUUUUUUUAUGUGCUAAAAUGUCAAAAUACCUGUUUUCGCUUUGUCAUUAUAUAUAAUGUUAUGUGUAGACUGAUGAGGAACAUGUUUUAUUUAAUCAAUUUUAGAAUAAGGCUGUAACGUAACAAAAUGUGGAAAAAGGGAAAGAGUACGAAUACUUUCUGAAUGUACUGUAGAUUUGUCAGAUAAUUCAUAUAAGAGAGGAAUACAUUUCAGUGUAAUUAAUAAUAAAUGAUGUCAGCAGCACAUAUCUACUACAUUGCUGUGAUGAUGAUCAUUCCAAGAACAGGUCAGUCUAAAAUGACAUACACAAAAUAAUCUGUAAUUUAUUUAUGGUCACUAUCCAUGACAAAAUUUGACUUCUUUAUCAUAUUUCAAAUGUAUAAUCUAUUGCAAGUUUGGAAGCACUUUACAGCUCAGGAUAAAAUUACAUGGUAUAUAUUUCUAACCGGACAUUGUUACAGAACAAUCAUACUUGAUUCACAUAUUGAAUUUACAUAUUUAAGAUACUCAUGCCUGACAAUGGGUUGAUCAUGGUGGUCUAUGAUGAGAGCUGAUCUGAGUGUGUGUUUAACUUUUUAGUUUGGAUGUCUGUAUUGAUUUAAAUGUACAUGAUUUUUGUCCACUAAACUGAUCAUCUUAUGGAUAACUUAUUGUGGAAAUCAUUAUUAAAAUGCACAAUAUUGGGUUUUAAAGUACAUGGCAAGGCUCAUGCAAGAAUCAUCCAAUCUCACAGUCUUAACUAAAUAACUUCAAUCUGAAUUUUUACUAGCAACACAAGAAAAGACUGUUUUAAAAGAGAAUUGUAUUUUGCACGCAUCAGACUUCAGACAUUUUAUUUUAGCUAGACUAGUCAGGCUUUAGAAACUGUUAUUUUGAAAAAUCAUGGGGGCUCAGCCGUGUGUACACAUUUGAAUGCAUUUAAAAAGUAAAUUUGAAUAGACUCAUUUGGAUUAAUCAACUUGAUAGCACCUUUUUUCCAAAGAGUGUAGGUAUAGCUAUCUAGAACAUACUGUACGAGAAUCCUUUGAAGAAUAAUUUGUGGUUCCAGGGUAGAACCCGGGUUCUAUGUAGAACCUUUUCCCCAGAGGUUUCUACAUGGAACCCCAAAAAGUUCUACCUGGAAUCAAAAAAGUUUCUCCUAUGGGGACAGCCGAAGAACCAUUUUAGAACCCUUUUUCUAAGAGUGUACCCGCUGGGGGACACACUGGCUGAAUCAAUGUUGUUUCCAUGUCAUUUCAAUGAAAUUACGUUGAACCAAUGUGGAAUAGACGUUGAAUUGACAUCUGUGCUCAGUGGGUAGGGCUCUGUCCUGAUACACUCAAAUGUCUUCCAUGUCUCCUUCACCUUGCCCCUAUUUUACUUUUGGCCAGCCAUAAGCUCCAACAGUCAUCAGUAAACUGCCAUCUACACUUAAAUUUACAUUUUAGUCAUUUAGCAAACGCUCUUAUCCAGAACGACUUACAAUUAGUGCAUUCAUCUUAAGAUAGCUAGGUUAGACAACAACAUAUCACAAUGCAGAUACACAUUAGGUUAUUGAUGCCGGGUUGAUCUAAAUUCACGUUUCUAACUAACGCAUCACUUUUCUUUGUGUGUCCAGAAAAGGGUCUCUUCUUAAUUUGUCUUAAGACUACAAGCUACAUUUCAUGUGUGUGCUGCAGUUACUGUGACCAAUGAAACGCAACCAUUUGUAGACAUAUUUUAUUCCAGUGGAUUUCUCGUUGCAUUGGCAGGACAAUUUAAUGUAUAGAUGUUUUAUAAAAAUGUAGCGUAAAAGCCCUAGUAACUUGUGGAUUGCUGAUGUGGUCAGAUAUAUGUAUAGCUGUACAAAAGGUUGUAAAAGAAACAUUUUAAACCUAAAUAAUUUUUCUGUGGUGUACAGCACGGUUCCAGAAAAUGUAUGUGGUUUCAAGUUCAACCCUUGCCUGUUUUAACAGUUGGUGGUGCUCUGUAAAACUUCUAUUGUUCUUGAUAUUAUUUUACUUGUUACUUCUCUUGCAUUGGCCAGAGACUGUAGUUCUGUGCAGGGGGUUGUAAUGUACUGUAUACCAAUGUGAAGCUUUGUAUUUUUUCUUUCUGUUUUUUUGGACUCAGUGAAAGUGUGAUGUUUACAUGUACAGAUUUUUCCAAAUACUUUACAUUUUUGUCCAUGAUAUUUUCUCACCUACCCUUCCUGUUUAUAUUUGCUCAGACAUUUCUUUAGUGCAUUAUAUCAAAUGCAGGCAGAUGUGACUGCUUUGAAAGGUGGUCAGAUGACAUUCACAUGGUCGAAGUGAGGCUAGACUAAGACAACCAGGUUGGGGUUGGUAUCUGGUGAUGGCUGAUAGCAUCAGACUCUUUAGGGAUUCAGGAGUGAGAGUGAGCGUCAUGCCAGUUCAAAGUGCACCAUGAAUAGCCUACCUCUGUCUGAGAUUUAUCAGUAGCAUAAUGAUACACAGAUUCCUAUUGAACGAUUGCAGAUAACCCAGCCACCUUUUCCCUUCUGAAUAGCCGUGUUUUAACAAGCUUCUGGCGGGUGGAGUCAAAAGGAUCAUUAGCAUGUAACUCAAUCACUGAGCAACAUAAUAUAAUGGUAGGAGGAUUACAGUAGUUAAAACGCAAUGGUAGCCACUCAUUCUAUGAUGAUUCUAUUGUGAUCACAUUCCCUGGUUGUUAUAAGGUACACUUUGACCUCUCGUAACAGCUCCUCAGUGAUGUGAUGUAAAAGCCAUUCCCCUCUCCUGGUCCUCAAGGGGAAACACAAGAACCUCAGGAAACGCUGAAUCUCUGAGUUUAUUUUUGUUUCAUUAUGAUAUUUACUGAUGACAGUAAAGUCUCUCUACCUGUUACCAUAACAUUUAUAUGAAACGUUUAUCAUUGUUUUGUACAUUUAUCAUUGUGAUUUAAAAGUGGAGCUUUUUCCAGUACAUGUGACUGAAUAUUUCGAUUUUUUUGAAAGUGUUUAUAGGUAUAAAUAUGAAUUAAUAUAUGUGAAGCGACUAAAAAGACAAAAGAAAAGGCAGAAACAUUUUCAUCUGUUUGUUUCAUGCAAAGCCGCCCAGGCAGGAUAUUCUCUGCCUCUUACAUAUCACUAAUGAUGAGGGACUUGUUCUUGUUUUGAAAUAGCGCUUUUUCAGUGUAACGUCAACGCUACGGUAAAAAAUGUUGGUUACCAACAGCAGAAUUGCAAGCUUCUCUUCAGAGAUGUCAGUAACUGAAUAAAACUGAAACUUGG